UGUCUUUCGAUCCUUUAAACGACUAAAUGGAUUCGUUCGCCAGACAGCAAAGACUUUUAUCUUUAAUAUAUGCAUUCGGCACCUAGUUUAAGCAAACAAAUUUAUAAAUCAUUGAGUUGUAAAAGGAGCGAAUUAUAUUUAUAAUGCCACCAAAAUCACAAAAGAGUGUUUUAAUUGGAGUAAUUAAUAUUGGCUGUACAAGCAUCGAACGAUGUUUGAGCGAAGAAGAGCCUUUUAUAAAUAAAGCAAAAUAUGCUUUGAAACUUUUAGUUGAAAAGAAGAUAUUUUUACAACAAAAAGAUGAAAUUGGUAUUAUAACAAUGGGUGAGGAGACUAGUGAUUUUGAUGAAAUAGAAAAUAUAAAAAUGUAUUCAGAAACAUUAUUAGUACCAAAUUGGGAAAUGAUUAAAUAUAUAAAUAAUUUGGAAUCUACUAGUUAUCCUUGUAAUUGGAUCGAAGCGCUUUACGCGUCUAUAAAUUAUAUAAAAAACGAAGUUAUUAAUGAAGAUCUUAGUAUCUACUUGGUUAUUUUCAAUAAUUUUAAAGAAGAUGAUGAGAAAGUAAACAAAUACGAUCCCGACGUUAUAGUCAAUGAAUUAAAAAAUUAUGAAAAUCUGCAUGUUCUAUUUGUAGGCGAAGAACUCGAAGAAACAACUUACACGGAAAGUUUUAUAACAAACAGUCAAAAAUUUUUAUUAUCAGUUAUAGAAAAUACCGAUUGUCAAUACGAAGAUAUAAAUACGUUUUUACGAGAAAGAAAAUUCUAUAAAUCACAACCUAAUAAAUCAAUGCCAUGGAAAUUUAAUUUAGAAUGGGCAGGAUUACAAAUUCCAUGUGACAUAUAUAUCAAUGUAACCGAAACAUCAAAACUUGGAUCGUGGAAAUUGCAGGCAAUCGACGAUGAACUAAAUGACUAUAACGAUCCACCAUUAAUGAAUAAAUUAUCAAAAUCACAUGGUACUAAAAAUGUUAUUAAAGAAAAUAUAAUGAUUGAUAUUCAUCGAAAUGAAAUUCAAGCAGAAAAAAUUAUAAAUGGUUAUAAAUUUGGAGGAAAAUACAUACCAUUCUCGGAUGAGGAUGAAAUGGCUAUGAAGUAUACUGGAACUAAAAAAGGGAUGAUGGUUUAUGGCUUUGUUCCACAAAAUGAUAUAAAACUUGAAUAUUGGAGUGGAUGUGGAUCACGAAUAAUUGUUCCAGCCGCUGAUGAAUACUCAGAGGCAUUUUAUAGUUUUGUUCAGGCAAUGGUUGAUAAUGAAUAUGCAGCAAUUGUAAGGAAAAUCUAUGCUGAUAAUAAUCUUCCAAAAAUGGGUGUACUGUUUCCAUGUGUGGAUGAUGAUGAAAUAUGGUGUUUGGUACAUCUAGAAAUACCGUUUGUUCACGAUUUAAGAAUUAUACAAAUGAGGCCAAUAAAAUCACUGGAAAAAGUUAUAGAUAAUGAAAAAAUAGAAAUUUUAGAUAACUUUAUAGAUUCUAUGACUGUUUUGGAAAACGAACCAACGUACUUAAAUCCAGGCAUGUUUCCUAAUAUACGGAAUCAAUAUCACUGGAACGUACUUGCUGAUCGUGCACUUAAUCCAGAAGGGUCUUUAAUACCUGUAAAUGAUUACUUAAUGGAGUACUUAGUACCACCGGAAGAUCUUCGCAUUAAAGCCAAGCCUCAUCUUGAAAAUUUAAAUAGGGCUUUUGGAUUUAGCAAAAUAACUAAAGACGUGGAUAAAAAUAAAAAAAUUUCCUCUAUGUUAAAUGAGAAUCAAAAUGAAGAAAUUAAUGUAAAUGAAUUGAAUGAAGAUAUACAUCAUGAAGCUAGUAAUAAUAGCAACGAUGAAUUUUUCAUUCAAGAAGAUAUGGAUUUUGAUUUGGGCAAGAUCGACGAUUUGGAUUAGUGUAUAGAUUUCUCAAUUGUUAUCUAAAAACAUAUUAUCUAUAUAUUAUUUAAACACAUUUGAAUGAACUUGAA